UUAGUUUAGAUUGUAGUUUUCGUCUGCUGAGGAAAGAAGUACAAGAAGCAGAGCAGACCAUGGAUCUCAUAGACCCCAUCCUGGGCUUAGCGGAGAAGUUAUACUCCCUGUGUGAGGAGGUGAAAGCCAACAAGAAGAGAUGUAGGCGGCUGGCUAAGCGUGUGUCUGAACUGGCUAUGAUGGUGAAGGCAGUGAAGGAGCAGGGUCUGGGCAGAGAGCCGGAGCUGGUACAGAAAGGCCUGCAGGAGCUCAAGCGGACCCUUGAGAAGGCGGAAGACAUGGUGAAGAAAUACGCCUCGUCCAGCUGUCUCAAGCGCAUUGUGAAGGCCUAUGACCUUGGUGAAGAUUUCGGCUGUCUGAAUAAGAGCUUGAACGAUGCUGCCCAGCUUCUCUCACUGGCACUGCAGGUGGAGCAGAGGAAGAGGAUGGAGGAAGUGUUCCAAGAGGCCAGGAGAAUAAAAGAGGAUGAAGAAGACUCAAAAAGUGACAGUGAGGAGCUCCGAAACUUGCUCCAGUUACUAGCAGAGGAGAAUCAUGAGACCAAGGUGAGCGUGGACUCUGUGAACACGAAAAUAGAUCAAACUAACAAAGACAUUCAGGACAUCAAGCACAUCCUGGAUUCAUUGAGAAGACCCAGCAUUCAUCUGCAGGCCAUCAGAGAGAUCAGGCCAGAGGAGAUCACCUACGACCAUCCCAAAGAGCCAAUCAUGAAGUGCUGCAAUUCUGAGCUGUACAAGGGGGAGUACAACAAGUUCAUUGUAGUUGUCAAGAGAUACACAUAUCCUGUGAGCAUCAGCCCAAGCCAAGUGAGGUGCAUUUUUAACAAAGAGGUGGAAACCAUGAAGUGCUUUGAGUCACCAAAUAUCCUACGAAUGUUCGGGAUCUGUGUCCAAGAUGAGAAUGGACCAAACCCAAACUUUCUGAUAGUGAUGGAGUUCUGUGAGAAGGGCUCUCUGAGGCAAGUGCUGGACAGUUCCAGCAGACUGCUCUGGGACAGAAAGAUCCAAAUGUGUCUGGACGCAGCUCAAGGGCUUUACAGGCUGCACCAGACUGAGGAAAACUUUAAGGUGCAUGGCUGCAUCACCAGCAGCGGAUUUCUGGUGGCUGCUGGCUACAGAGUAAAGCUGGGUGGCUUUGAGCUGGCAAAAACAGCAACGUCACUUAAAAGGAGUAACAGUAAGAACAGCAGCUCAAUGAUCUACACCUCUCCACAACAGCAGGAAAACAUCAACCAUACAUAUGACAAGGCCUGCGAGAUCUACAGUUUUGGCAUAGUCCUGUGGGAAAUUGCAACACGAGAAGUCCCUUUUAAAGACUGCAAGUCCCGCCAUGAGAUCUAUGAGAAAGUUUGUAAGCAGAAGAUAAUGGAGCCACUACCAGAUGACUGCCCGAGGGAGCUUAAAAACCUCAUUAACGCCUGCCGCUCCUACAAUCCCUUUCAGAGGCCUGAUGCAGGAGUGUUAGUGGACAAGCUACGUAAACUGGCACAGCAGUAUGAAGAGGAUUAAUGCUUCAGUAUUGGUUCUCCCUCUGCUGAGCGGCACACCUACAGCCUGGACCCAGACAAUCAGUUGCUGUGGAUGCAGGCUCUCUGAAUGAGACUUUAUCCAGACAUUCUUUGUACAGCCUGGUGUUUACUUAGCUGCCUUUUCUACUUCAUUACGAGCUGAGCUGACUGUUUGCACCCCAAAGGGAAAGACUUCCUAAACACAGACUGAGCCUAAACUGGAUUUAGGUAAUGCUGCCAAUAUACUGUUCUAUAGAUGUUCUAUAUAGACAUCAUUCAUUUGUAUAUGAUAUUUGUUUUGGUUUGUUAUGGGAGCAUUUUUGUUACAGCAGAUGACACUGCAACCACCUUUAAAGGCCACUUUUUAUGAAAUAAAAAAAGUGUGAGCAACUUUUAGAAAGAAAAUUGUAUUAAAUUUGCAUUAUGUAUUUGAAUUGUGUGCUUGGUAUAUCAAAUUAGCCGGUGUUGUGGUGAGUUAUUAUUAGAUUUAUACAGGACUUUUGUAGUAACAUACUUGUACAAAUUUGUAAAAAUAAAUAAAUAAGCAGAAGCAAAUAAGAGAUUCCAGAAGCAAAAGUCUUUAGCAGCAAAAUAAAAAAAAAACAACAACACAAAAAUGAAACUAAAAACUGGCCAAAUCCAAGCUAAAAUAAUUUUCAAAUCACUUCAAAGAAUAAUAAAGUAACCAAGUAUAUUUACAAAUAUAUAUUUGCUAUAGUUCUCUUUUUUCGCAAACAACUUUUUGUUUAAUGAAAAGGUGAGCAGUGGGAGAGGUCAGUACAGUGGAUAAUGUGAAACACAUAUAUAGUCUACAUAUACAGUAUUAUAACAAUAGAAAUAUAAACAUCAUUAUGCUGAACUGAGAAUAUAGGGAAAAGAAAAACACAAAAACCAAUAUAUUAUUGUAAUUUAAAUAGAAGAAGAAUGUUACAAAAACGUUCUAAAAUUGUCGAUAAAAUCUGACCACAUAUUAAUUGUUUUACCUGAAGCUCCCUGAAGUCUAGUGCAUGAUCGUUCGUGAAUAGCAAUUGACAGAGUAUUAAUAUAGAAUUGUUGUUUUUUUUGCAGCUGUAAGAGUAGCAAGGCUUUUGAAUUUGCAACAUACACUUUUCCCUUUCGAUUCUUAAAAUUUUGAUUGUGCAUUUUAUUGUUUUUGCAUAAACAGUUUGGCAAAAAAAAUCA